AUGGGUAACAAUGUCUUAAAAUACUUUCUAAACAACAUUGUUGAUCAAGCCUGGACAGACAAGUAUAUCAAGACCUUCAUAUCACUAGCCGGCCCCUGGGGUGGAUCAGUGGUGGCAGCCAAAGGUCUAGCCUCCGGCUAUAAUAUGGGAAUGCCACAGUAUCUAGUCCACUCUCUGGAGCUUAGACAGGUGCUAAGAAGCUGGAGCAGUACCCACUUUCUUAUGCCAUCGGCUGAACUAUGGUCUAAAGAUGAAUUCAUCAUGUCUACAGUAAACAAAAACUACAGUAUUCAUGACAUUGAAGCCUUCUUCAACGAUGUCAACUUCACAGAAGGGUACCAACAGUACCAGAAGGCGAAAGAAGGUACUACAUUCGAUCCACCUGGCGUUGAUAUUCAUUGUAUCUACACGUUAAGUCAACCCACAACAUCAGUAAUGAUGUGGGGUGAAGGACAGUGGCCUGACACUCAGCCGGCUGACGGUUAUGGUGGAGGCGAUCUGUCGGUUAAUGCUAGAUCUUUAGAGUAUUGUAAGAAAUGGAUUGGCAAUAACAAAGAGAAAGAGGUGAGUUAG